CCACCCGUGAGCAAAUUGUUCGCUCGAUCUCGCUCUCUCGGUGUCGAUCGAGUCCGGUUGUGGAAGCCAUUUUAUUCUCGUGAAUGUGACAAAGUAUUUUUGGACUUUUUCGUUUACUUAUCGUGUCAAUGUGUGCCUGUAACCAAAAGCAAUUGUGACGGGUGUAAAGUGUUGAAAAAUUGAGAAUGUCUGUGUUUAAAAUCGGAUUGUGUUGACCUGCCCUGUUUCUUACUCGGUCACACCAGGCAGGCAUCGAUUAGUGCAGCAAGCCUCUACAAAUCGGGUCUGGACUAAUUUGUGGUGUGCGCCAUGGGCAAUAAUGCUGCCACCGCUAAUAAGAAAGUGGACGCCGCCGAAAGCGUCAAAGAGUUCCUUGACCAGGCCAAGGAGGAUUUCGAGGAGAAAUGGAAGAAGAAUCCUACCAACACCGCCGGAUUGAACGACUUCGAACGAAUAAAAACGCUUGGCACUGGUUCAUUCGGCCGAGUCAUGAUAGUCCAACAUAAGCCCACGAAAGAAUAUUACGCGAUGAAAAUAUUAGAUAAGCAAAAAGUCGUAAAAUUAAAGCAAGUCGAGCAUACAUUGAAUGAGAAACGUAUUUUACAGGCUAUCAACUUUCCCUUUUUGGUGAGCCUCAAGUUCCAUUUCAAGGAUAACUCAAACCUGUAUAUGGUUUUGGAAUAUGUUCCAGGUGGUGAGAUGUUCUCACAUUUACGAAAAGUGGGUCGGUUCUCGGAGCCCCAUUCGCGUUUUUACGCGGCGCAGAUUGUUCUCGCCUUCGAAUACCUACACUACCUUGAUCUCAUCUAUCGAGAUCUUAAGCCUGAAAACUUGCUUAUCGAUUCGCAGGGCUACCUCAAAGUCACUGAUUUUGGUUUUGCCAAACGUGUUAAGGGUCGUACGUGGACUUUAUGUGGCACUCCUGAAUACCUAGCUCCUGAAAUUAUUCUUUCAAAAGGUUACAAUAAAGCAGUAGACUGGUGGGCGCUCGGCGUUCUGGUCUACGAAAUGGCUGCUGGUUAUCCGCCGUUCUUCGCAGACCAGCCCAUCCAAAUAUAUGAAAAAAUUGUAUCUGGAAAGGUCCGUUUCCCUUCGCACUUCGGUUCGGAUCUGAAAGACCUCCUCCGCAAUUUAUUGCAGGUAGAUUUGACUAAACGAUAUGGCAAUCUGAAGGCGGGCGUCAAUGACAUAAAAGGUCACAAGUGGUUUGCUAGCACAGACUGGAUUGCAGUUUUCCAAAAGAAGAUAGAAGCACCAUUUAUACCACGCUGCAAGGGCCCUGGUGAUACCAGCAACUUUGAUGACUAUGAGGAGGAGGCAUUACGUAUCUCAUCAACUGAGAAGUGUGCAAAGGAGUUCGCUGAGUUCUGAGCGAAUAGCUGGUGCCUGCGAGCGGACACUACCGUGAGUAGGUGUUUUGUAUUAGUGAAUCUUCCGUGACACUAUGGUCAUGGAACGGUGAUGUGUGCGUCUGUCUUCUGGCAGCAUAGGGUGAUAAUAAUAGACGCUGAAGCGCACCCUUGCUGGAAUAGCAGACGAAAUAAGUUCAAAGUGUAAGCAAGAUGGUAGUUGAAUUGGUUUCCAAUGUUUUGGUGGCGUUCAUUUGCUUUGUGCCCUAUCAAGUAACAUAGAGCAGAUAGAGGAACUUCAAGGGGUCCUUGUCCUGGUGAUAUUUCCAUGAUGUGUGUCAUUUCAUCUGAUUAUCCAAACAACAGCAAUCACAACUGGUUUUCAUUGUUGUUAUUUUUUUCACCUAUAUUUGAAUGUGUGCUUACA